UGUGUGUGUGUGUGUGUGUGUGUGUGUGUGUGUUCCUAUAUGGACAUUACUGCCUAAGAGAGGAAAAAUUGCAGGGGAUCGUGGACGGCUUUGAAGAGAGAUGGGGCUUCCGUCUGUACUGUGGAUGGGUCCCAUAUCCCAAUUACUCCUCCUAGCAAUAAUUCCUAGGACUAUUACAACCGUAAAGGGUACCACUCAAUUUUUUUGCAAGCUGUAUUGGAUCAUCUCUCUUGGUGAGUAAUAUAAGUCUGAUUCCCACACAACCCAACCCCCCCUGCUGUAUAUCAAUAAUCCUACAAUGUUUGUUAUUCUCUCAUCCAGCCAUGUCCCAGUAAUUAGACUGUCUGUCUGUUGAAGUAUUUUUCAUUUACAUAUUUACAAACAUCAACGUUGGUUGGAUACUUAGAUACUCUACCUUGUUUGAGUGGUGUAGUCUGUUUUACAUAAAAUAACAUAACAAAUCACAAAUAACAUUUUUGGCUGGCCUUUCAAAAUAUUUAUUGGCCACUGGUUACCACAUGUAGAUAAAAAUUACAUGAACAGGACGAUGACUACUACUGCCUUCAACCCUAACCCUAACUCCUGAAAAAUACUAAGACCCUAUUAUUGUGCACAAAGUCUAUACCUCUAAAAUUCUGUGUGUUUCCAUGUAGAAUACACAGGAAAUUGAAUCCUAACAGGUGCCCCUUAAGCUUCUUGGUGACCUGCAUAAUCUAUAUUCAGCUUGCUGAUAAAGGGGUACCCAGACAAUAGACAUUUCAACAGAGAAGAGAGGCACUUGAACUGCAGACUGAGCCAUGCAGGAAUAACAGUAGGAUGUGCCUUUGGACGGUUGAAGGGGAGAUGGAGGGGUUUAUUAAAGAAAUUGGAAGUCUACUUCUCAAAGGCCCCAGGUAUUUGUGUGCAAUGCGCACAUAUUGUUCUGUGUCCUGCACAAUUUGUCUGCAUUGCAAGGAGAUUACUUUUUGGAUGCUUGGUUGCAGGACACAGGAGCAUGCAGAAGGUAAUGCACCUGACAUUCCAAUAGCUGAAAGAAACAACCACUUGUUGUGAGACUGGCUUUUGCUCAGUAUUUUUCUGGACAGAAUGAUUAAUGUCAGCAAUUUAUCAAACACUCGUCCUUCAUUUGACCUUUGCAUUUCUAAGAAAGCAGUACUCUUUGAGAAACUUGUCCAGUUGCUAUUAAAGAACAUAAUGGUUUCCUAGUGUGUGUAUGAGAACAUAAAGAAUUCUAUCCUAGUAAAUUCACCUGUGUACCGCGAAGCUGGCUGAGUUAGCGUCCAAACUUGUGCUGAGUAAAACCCCUAACAGUGUUUUUUCCGUCAGUUCGUGUUCCAGAUUUGGAGGGUUCUGAAUCAAUGCUGAGUAGCAUUGAUGCUGCUUCUGGUGGCUCGUGGUGGCCCAACAUCUUACGAAGACACUUUAAAGACAAAGGUGUACGUGGGGAACCUGGGGAUGGGGGCAGGGAAAGGUGAGCUGGAGCGGGCCUUCGGGUACUAUGGGCCACUCAGGACUGUUUGGAUCGCCAGAAACCCUCCAGGCUUCGCCUUCGUGGAGUUUGAAGACCCCCGAGACGCUGAUGAUGCUGUUCGGGGGUUAGACGGAAAGGUGGUCUGUGGGAGUCGCGUCCGGGUUGAGCUCUCGAACGGGAUGCCUCGUCGAUCUCGGUACAACCGACCUCCAACACGUCGACCUUUUGACCCCAACGAUAAGUGUUACGAGUGUGGAGAGAGAGGUCACUACGCCUAUGACUGUCACCGCUACAGCCGCCGGAGCCGGAGGAGCAGGUCCAGGUCUCGCUCCAGGUCCAAUGGGAGGCGUUACUCCCGGAGCAGGAGUCGCAGCAGGUGCCGAGGGAGGAGGUCUAGGUCCAGGUCUUUCUCUCCUCAUCACUCCCGCUCAGUCUCUACCAGAAGAUCCAGAUCUGCCACACCAAGGCGGUCCAGGUCCAGGUCCAGGUCCAGGUCAGGGUCUCGAGGCCAGAGCAGGUGGGUCAUAUCAGUUGUUUCCUGUCUAAAACUGACUGAACAUUCACGGAAAAUCCUCAGACCUCUCUUUUUCACAAUAAGAGUCCUGUUAUGAUCCCUGAGGGGGGACUCUCAGAGUCGUGCUAUGAAUGAGCUUUUGAUGAUGAGAAUAAAUGUUUAAUCCACGAAACAUAAAGACUUGAACUCUCAUGUUUUUUUAGAAACCUUAGUGGUGCUCAUAUCUAACAUCCGUUUGUUGAUUAAGAAGUGAUCACUAUGUUUGAUCAUGUACCUGCUGUGACUCAGAAAGAGGAAGAAAAGGGUUUAAUGUUUUCUGGACAAACUUAAUGACUUUAAGGCUCAUUUUUACAGAACAGCUAUAGAAUUCAGAUAAUAAUAAUAAAGACUGGGUCUGCUAAAGCUCUCUUGUCUGUUAUUAUUAGCUCUAUAUUUACUGUUAACAUUUCAAAAAUUAAAUGUGCUGUUGUUUAGUUGAGGAUCUGAGCUAAAAUUAGGCAGAGAUGCUCUGUGUCGUUUUUAGUUCAGAUCAAAACUAGGGGUUUUUGUCUUGGUUAAAGAUGUUUGUGUCCAGGUGCUCAGUGUCCCAGUGUUCAGGUGUUCAGUAGUAAUUCAGUUUUAAACUGUCUCCAUCUUUAUAAAUUGUGGACUCCUGUGUUUCUAAGGUCCGGAUCGAUGGGUCGGUCUCACUCUGGCUCUCCAGCUAGAAGGUGAGUAAGCAGGUUCUAGUGUAGUUCUUGUUUAGUUCAGGUUCAUCUGUUUCCUUCAGAUCCAGAACUCACAGCCAGACUUGUAACAGUAUAUACACUCUGUAGAUGUUUUUGGAAAAACUCUGUAACUGUUCAUUGUUAUUAAAUUCUGUGAUUCUUUAAUAAUCCACAGAAGUCACUGCACACUGAUUAAUUAAAACUACUUUACUUCAGCGUAAAAUAAAACCUGUUGACAGUUUUUUCAGUCUCUUCAGGUUUCACUCAUCUUAAGUCUAUUUUCAGCUCAAAUAAACAAAAAACAACAGAUUUUCAAUUGUAACCCCCUUAUAUAUGUU